AUGGCCCCCAACAGCUACACCGCGGCCAAUCAACAUUCCGGCUCUCCCUUCCCGACAACCCAUCAACAGACUCCCAUGGCGAAUCGCCAUACAGGCUUCAUGGCCACGGGCCGGCCGCGCAAUUUCCGCAACCGCGGGUCCUUUCAGAGGCCUUUUGGUGCCGAAUAUGCUGACUUUUACUCGUACAGUAGCGCCAAGAAGACUCUCAAUGUCGAGUCGCCAUCCUUUACUCCCGCAAGCCUACAGCCGCAGGCGCCCCAGCAGCAGCAACAGCAACAGCAGGCACUCCAGCAACCUCAACAGCAUCAGCAACAACAGCAGCAGCAGCAGCAGCAGCAGCAGCAGCAGCAGCAAGGCAAAAAGUCAACAUUCUCCUCGCAAGCCGUCAGUGCGGCUGUCUUCACACCUCGAGGUCCUGGAGCGGCGACGCCUGUUUCCGCGUCAGCAUCGAAGCAGCAACCCCAACAACAGCAAUUGCAACAGCAAUCCGACUCCGAGCAGCCAUCCUUCAACCCGGCGGCAAUCCGAGAGUUUACCCCUUCCAUGCAGAAGUUUGAUGGCCCGAGCCAAAAUGGCUCCUCUAGUGACACCAGCAAUCCAUAUGACCCUUUCAGCAUGUCAGCUGUGAACCAGGCGAUGCCCUCAACCCAGUACAACCCUUACGCAAAUGACCAGAACAACCUGGGCGGAUCUACCGCCCCAUUCUUCCCCAGCCAAUCCGGCUAUGCCGCCCCUGCGCAGCCGCUUCAGUAUCAUCACUAUGCCCCCGUGGGCCCGUUCCGGGACGACCUGCAACCUUACCAGAAGUUGACGCACGAUUUUUUCAUGCCUGAGAAGCUGCGAGAAGAGUUCUUUAAGAAGGCUCAAGCAGCUCAACAGGUCCUGCCAAACUCGCUCCAACUUGACAACUACCACUCUCUCGUUGCCCUUGACACAACUGGUAGGAAGGUUAGUACCCUUUUUGGCUACGUCAGCUGGGUAUACAAGGCGACGUCUUUCAAGAACGGCAGGCUCUACUGUCUCCGGCGCCUCGAAGGAUACCGUCUGACGAAUGAGCACGCCAUUCGUUCGGUCAAGGAGUGGAAGCGCAUCGACAAUGGUAACAUCGUCACCGUUCACGAUGCCUUCACCACCAGGGCCUUCCAGGACAACGGAUCCUUGGUCUUUGCCUGUGACUACCACCCCCUGUCCAAGACGCUCUCGGAGCACCACUUCCCCACCAUCCCGACACACCGUUUCCGCAACAGCCCUACUAUCCACGAGAACGUCCUAUGGAGUUACAUCACACAGAUCUCCAAUGCCCUGAAGGCUAUCCACGACGCCAAUCUCGCGGCUAGGUGCAUCGACCUCACCAAGAUCAUCAUUACCGACAAGCAUCGCAUCCGUCUGAGCGGCUGCGGCGUGCUGGACGUCGUGCGGUUCGACGCGCGCCGGCCCCUCGCCGAGCUGCAGCAGGAAGACUUCCUGCACUUUGGCAAGGUCAUCAUGUCCCUGGCGACAAACACGCUGCCGAGCCAGCUCGCGAACCUGGCCGCCUCGAUGGAGCAGGUGGCGCGCGUCUACUCGCCCGAGCUCAAGGAGAUGCUGACGUGGCUCAUCAGCCCGCCGCAGGCCAACUCGACGCGCACGGUGCAGAACCUCGUGUCGGGCAUCUCGCACCACUUUGUCAAGGCGUUCGACGCGUCGCUGCACGCCGACGACGUGCUGAGCUCGGAGCUGUACCGCGAGCUCGAGAACGGGCGGGUCGCGCGGCUGCUCAUGAAGCUGGGCGCGGUCAACGAGCGGGGCGAGUUCGACGGCGACCCGGCGUGGUCCGAGCACGGCGAGCGCUACCCGCUCAAGCUGUUCCGCGACUACGUCUUUCACCGCGUCGACGACCAGGGGCAGCCGGUCGCCGACAUGGGCCACAUGCUGCGCGCGCUGAACCGGCUCGACGCGGGCAGCCCCGAGCUCAUCCGCCUGACGAGCCGGGACGGCGAGACGGAUUUCAUCGUCAGCUACAAGGAGCUCAAGGCGGCGCUCAACGGCGCGUUCAACGACCUGUUCAAGAACAAGCGGCAGAACCGCGUGGGGAUCUAG